AUGGAUUUUAUUGGUGGUGCUUGUGCAAUAGGAGAGCAACCACUGAAAGGUUUGUUGAAUCCGAAAGCUAUGGCAAGGAUGGCUGUUGGUGAAGCAUUGACAAAUUUAGUUUGGGCACAGGUUACAUCUCUUGGAGAUGUAAAGGAUAGUGGUAAUUGGAUGUCUGCUGCAAAACUCGAUGGAGGAGCAGCAGCUAUGUAUGAUGCUACUAUGUCUGUCUCAGAAUCCAUGAUACAACUGGGUAUAGCCAUCGAUGGGGGAAAGGAUAGUCUUUCUAUGGCUGCAAAUGCAGCUGGUGAGCUUGUCAAGGCUCCUGGUAACCUAGUCAUUAGCACCUAUUUAACUUGCCCUGAUAUAACAAAGACUGUAACUCUUGACUUAAAGCUUGGAGAUGAUGGAAUCCUUUUACACAUUGAUCUAGCAAAAGGACAUCGCCGAUUAGGUGGCUCUGCACUUGCACAGGCAUUUGACCAAGUUGGCAGCGAGUGCCCUGACCGUAAUGAUGUAUUAUACCUGAAAAAGGCAUUUGAAGCUGUCCAAGAACUUCUGAGUAAUUGUGGUAUGCAGUUGAACUUGAGUUCCAAGGGUCACAACCUUCUUCAAGUUUUGUUUGUAGAGGAGCUCGGUCUUGUUCUUGAGGGCAAUUCGCUGAAUGUUGACAAAGUUAUGCAAAAGCUUGAAGCAAUUGGAAUUUCUAGUGAGAUAAUUGGAAAUGUUACUUCUUCGCCAACUAUAGAGUUGUCUGUCGAUGGAAUCAUGCAACUGAAAGAACAAACUUCUUUCCCUAGGGACUUGUGGGAGGAGACAAGUUCAACUUGA